AAAGGAAACCAAGAACCGUUCUAAAAAUAUAUAAUAACCCGCAGCUUUGUUCGGGGACGUGCUGUUUCUAACGAUCUCUGUACGCGAUUCUGUAUUUAUUCUGUGUUUUUUCGGAGGUGGAGCCUUUGGCGAAACACUGUAGACAAACUCCGGAGGACAAAUUGCACAUAUGUACUCCUUUCAGAUGGACAAAGACAGAUUCGCCGUAAGCCGUGGACCAUGUUCAUGGCUGGAGAUGCACCAGUUCAUUGGUGAUCUCAUGGCCUCAAGCUCAAGUCAGCCAGUGAAGGAAUCUAGCCAACAGGAGGUGCUCCGCAGUGCCUGGGAGGCAGCAGGACAUGAGGCGCUGGGCCUGAAGGCUGCUCUGCCCGCUCCGGCAGCCCAAGGCAGAGCUCCUCACGGCAAAGUGCCUCCUGGGUAUGGUCUGCAGACCCUGAUGGGGACAGCAACAGCAGAAAGGAAUAGAGAGGCAGGAAGUCAUGGCAGCAGUGGACAGCAGUUACAGCAUCAUUCCUGCACCUGCCCCGGCUGCCCCUUCUCUUCCCCUUCCACAUCCUCCCCCACCUUCCAGACCCUAAAGCCCAGGCAGACCUCAUCUGUGCGGACCCAGCCAUCACAGUCUGAGAGGAGCCAGCAGCCCAAAGAGCCCAGUGGUGGACCUGUCAGCCUGGGCCUUUGCCUAGGGCUGGGCUUGUCCAUAGAAGAAGAGACCAGCGAACCGGGCAGUGCCUGUAACACGGAUGGCAGCCAGCGACAGCAGCAGGAGAAAAGCCCUGAGCCCCAUGACAGCAGCACCAGCAGCCCUGCCCAGCCGUGCCCUCCCCAGGUGCCCACCUUUCCCUGUCUCUGCUGCCAUCGGGGCUUCCAGACCUGUGCCCAGCUUAUGAGCCACCAGCAGGGCACUGAUUUCCCCCAAUCUCACCCCCACUAUCAUCACCACCACUGUCCUCUUGCCUCCUGCUUGCACUGCCCCCAGCUCCCCCAAUCCACCCAGGCUCCCUCCCCUUUUCCCUGCCUCUCCUGCCAGCGCACGUUCCAGACUUGCGCCCAGCUCCUGAGGCACCAGCAAGGCCACGCCCAGCAGGAUGGGAUCCCACAGCACCCCUGCAUGCACUGCUCUGCCUCCUUCCCCCGCCCUUCCCAGCUCCUCCAGCACCAGCGCUCCCAACACGCCUCCAAGACAGGCGGCUUCCUGUGUGCCGAGUGUGGCCGGGCGUUCAACUCACACAGCAACCUGCGCAUCCACCUCAACGUGCACACAGGUGCUCGGCCGUACUCCUGCUCCGACUGCGGCAAGAGCUUCAGCCAGUCGGGGGCGCUCAAGAUCCACCGACGGAUCCACACCGGCGAGCGUCCGUACACCUGCACUUUCUGUGGGCGCGGCUUCCCUCACCUGGCGGGAAUCCGGGCACACCAGCGUACACACACGGGCGAGAAGCCCUACCGCUGCCCCCAGUGUGGAAAAUGCUUCACCCAGUCAGGGGCGCUAAAGAUUCACAUGCGCAUUCACACUGGCGAGCGGCCUUUUGUCUGUGGCCUUUGUGGAAAGGGCUUCUCCAACCGUUCUGGGAUCCGCUUCCACUAUCGGACCGUGCACGGCAUCCUCUCCGAGACCAAUCCUACUUUAGACACGCACUCAGGCCUCCUGGCCUCCACAUCUGUCGCUACCAUUGGUCCCCGGGGAAAUUCUAACUUUGGACUGACAGCCAAUCGUAGCGUGAGUCCUGCCAUCAGCCUCAGCUCUAGCUCUAACACUUGUGAGAGUCCCGGUACCAAUCCUGAUGUCGAUUUGAGUGAUCCCCCCUCCACUGUUUCCAGCUCCCUUCUGUCCCCAGGAUCAGGGUUCCCCCUCGAUUCAGGCAGCGAGCUGGAGCCCACACCAGCCAAGGGCAUGCGGAAGCAGAAGGUUUCUGGGAAAACAGCGCGUGAGGCACGUCAGUAUUCCUGCGAGGACUGUGGCCGAUGUUUUCGGGACGCUCCUUCCAGAAACCGGCACCAGGCACUGGAGCACUACUCUGGUCUGGAGGGUGAAGAGGAGGGGGAAGGAGAGGGGAAUGGCGUGAACGCAGGGACAGCACAUCCUCAAGAGGGACCAGAAGGGGAGGCAGUAGGCAGUCUGAUGCUGUGAGUGGCUGACUGGUGUCAAAGGCGCAGAUGUUAGGGGAGACGGGGGGGGGGGGCACUUCCUCCCCAGUUUUAUACCCCAUCAAGCAUAUCUGCGUAUACUUAAAGGUUGAGAGCUUUUGCUCAUUGUUUGGUCCCUCCCCACUUCAAAAAUCUGUCCUGUGCUCCUGCUUGGCGUAUUGGACAGCAGAUAAAGAAAGCCAUCCUGUGAGAAAGGGGGGAACAGCCAGGGCAGCUGAAGGAGGGGAGGGGAGAGAUGCUGAGGUUAAAGAAUGAUAAAGGGGGGAAAAGAAAAGAAAGAGGCGGGCCUGCGAGCUACAGUACAGGUCGAAAAUAGUGUCCUUUUCAGAUUGAUUCAAAUAGAUCAUUAAUGUUUCCACAAAGCACUUUAAAAACAAGACUGAUACUGUAACUAAAUAUCUACAAGUCUAGUAUUAUGCAAAUUAUGCAUAAAGUAUCAGUCCUGGCACCGAUUAACCACACUAUUGCCUAUCUACAAAGAACAUGCUGCAGCAUUGCCUCUUCUUACCCACUCUGAAGAUGUAACAUUUCUCAGAUUUGUCAGAGUACAAACUUUGCACGGCCAUUUUAAUUCUACUCAAUUCUUGACUAUCGGAGACCCAGUUUAGCUUUGGAUUUAGUUGCUUAGUCAGUAGUAUAAUUGUUUUUUUUCCCCUUAAAUAUCAAAUAGUGGCCAGUUUCAUAUUCUUUGUAAGACGUUUUCUACACUUUUGCAGGAAUAUAUUUAUUUUUGUAAGAACUGAUUGGGCAGCAUCAGUUCUAAAUGUUUGUCCUGAAUGAUAUGUACUUUUUGUUAAUAAUACCCAGACGUUUUGUUAACUUUAAAUAUUUUGAUUAUGUGUCCUCCCAGUGAUCAUUUUCUAGCUCUUGGUGGCAGUACUGUAUGUGCAGGCAUAUGUAAAUGACUUUAUAACACUGACCGUAAUAAUCUACUCAUACUUCUUUUGAAAGUAACCUUUGGAGCUCCAAUGCAAGGCUGAUCUAGCCGAUCUCAGAACAAGGGUUCUGAUGAACAAUGAAGCAACUGUAAAAUAACACUCGAUUCAUUCUGGCACCGUUCCGGAAAGUGCAUCUGUCAGCUUUUUCUUGUUAAUUUGUAAAGUGUGGGAUACAUGUAGCCCUGCUCAGACAUGCUUAAACGUCUUUAUGCAGCUUGCUUACACUUUCUGUUGUAAACCGCGGUAACGCCUCUGAUUGCCUAGCCAGCAGCUGCCACGCUCUUCAUGAUGCCUAACAGUAGCGCAGACUUCCAGUGAAGCGUGGAGAGCGACGCCGUGGAGCGCAGUGGUUAUGGUCAUGAUAGCCGUAGUGAUGAUAAACAGAAAACAAAUGAUCCAUUUCAAAGAUGUGCUUAAACCAGGGUUCCAAGCUGGCUCCUUGGCAUGCUAAUCACAUCAUUGGUGAGGGUUAGUUACCUGUUUAACUCACGAUGGCUUAGCAGGAAGUCUAGUGCCUUCUUCAUAUGCUGGAUGCUUUGCCAGAAAUCAGUAUUUUGACUGUUAUACUGCACCCCCCCCCCAGACAGACAUAUGUUCACAUUCACUCAAACUGGCAGGCCAUCACUCACAUGCUGUUACCAUAGAAAUCCUGUGAUAUAUUGCUAAUUCUGAAAAUUCCCCCCCACACACACCUUUUAGCUUUCAUGAUUAUGAACUUAUUGUGGUGUUAUCUGUUUAGAAUGGUGUGACUGAAGAAUUGUGAAAUAUUUCAAGCAUAACUCCACAUUUUUUAUGUGCUGCCAUUACUCAUUGUGAGAUAGGUUCUCCUGUUGCACCCUUUUCCAAAGCACUUAGCUUGAAUUGUAUUAAUAUAAAUGAGCAAUAUAUCUGUUUUUUCAAAGAAACAAUGUGUACAUUUAAGUUGCUUGGAAAACUAAUCUAAAAAAUGAAUAAAGUUGAUGCUGACUUCUGCUUAGAUUUUAAAAUUAACAAAAUCAUCUCUCUGAUUAUUUCUAAAAUCAAUUAUAUACUGAUGUUAUCACAAACCCGGGGCUAGCAAUACAGUAUAUGAACUGACAAUGUUCACAACGAGAAAAAAUCUAUGCUUUUCGCACAAAAUAUGUCAACAUUUUCUUCUAAUGGAUAAAAAUCCAGUUUCAAACCACAGGAUAUUUUAAUUUGCCAAAAAUAUUAAACAGGUACGUAAUCUUUAAAAAUUUAAGCCUUGGUGAAACAGCAGACAUUUUUGCAGUUGGUGAUUCAUAAUUUAAAUUAUAUCUCUGCCUAUACUUUGUUAUACGUUUGUCAAUUUCAAAAGAGCAAAUGCAGAUAUACAUCAAACAAAAAGCAACUUGCUUACUGUAAUAAUAAAAAAGGUCAAUGCGGGAAUUUAACGGAGAUAUUUUCGUUUCACUGGUUUUUCAGCCUUUGUUUGAGAUAUUCUUAGCUCCAGGGCGGCAUCUAUUGGACAUCUGGUACUUCACAUCCUAUUAUUAUUUCACAGCAUGCUGAGUGUGAUGUUUGAUCUCAUUGUAUAGUGAGUUUUAUCCGUAUGCAAUACAACCACAUAAUUUAUCAGUAUGUUAUUUUGUUAAAAUACAGAUGUUUUUCCCAGACUUUCUUUAGUUUAAUCAGUGAGUUGGCUGCAGUUUUGUCUUUUCAGAUAUAGCUCUGUUUCCUUACUCUUGAAUUGCCAUUAGGCCUAAUUUGUAUGGAUUUUUGUACAGUGUUUUCUGGCUGUCAUUGUAGAAUAAUAAACAUAUUUUUGGUUGUUUGGCAAA